AUGCCAACAUUUUCAUCCACCCUUCUUGAUGAAAUUUACCGUUCCAUUGACGAAAAAUCUGAAGAUUUGAAGGCAUACGAAGAAAAAUCCGUGAGAAAGCAAGGGGGUGGAAGGUUAAAGGAUAAAACAAAAGGUGUAGAAGACGAGGAAAUGUCGAGUUUCAGGAGGGCUCGUUUGGUUGGGAAGUGGAUGGAGAAAGAAGUAAAUGAGAAAGUUACUGCUAAAACAAGGCCAUUUUUGUUACCAGAAUUGGAGAACAAGUCGAUUCAUGAGAAUGAUAUUUUGUUCUUUAGUUCGAGUUCGAGUUCUUCAGACAGUUCUGGUGCACUUUCUUCUUCCUCUGAUACAGAGUUCUUUGGAGGUUCUGUACCAAAAUCAAGAGUUUCUUGUUUUUCUUCAACAAGGCCUAAACCGGUUCGAACCAGUGUCUCACCGCGAAAAAAUCCUCCGUUUCAUGAACAGAAUGAUAAUGAUUUGCUUGAUGAAUAUCGAAAUCAUCAGGCGGAUAGGAUUGAUGAGAAUUUGAUCAAGUCGAAAUCGAGGGCCUUAAAGAUUUAUGCCAAUUUGAAGAAGGUGAAACAGCCCAUUUCACCAGGUGGCCGCCUUACAAAUUUCAUCAAUUCCCUUUUUGCGAAUGCAAAUACGAAGAAAGCGAAAAAUCCCAACGCAAAUGAAGGGUUUGAAGAUUCAAGUAUGAAUAGGAAAUCAAAGCCCACAACCACACAGGAUUCAUCAACUUGUUCUUCAGCUUCAUCAUUUACAAGGUCAUGUUUGAGCAAGUAUUCACCUAAAUCGAGGGAGAAAAUGCGAAAUGGCAUCAAAAGAACGGUCAGAUUUCAUCCGGUGGGUGUAAUUGUCGAUGAAGAUUGUCGUCCUUGUGGCCAUAAAUCCAUUUAUGAUGAAGAUUCUGAUAAAUUCGGAAAGCUUCCAUUGCCAUUAAACACAGUUGCAGACUUGAAACUUAGACUAAAGGAGAAAAAUAGGAAAACAGAAAAAACUGCCAGAGAUUUAUCCGCGUUUAAAAAUAUACACGGCAAUAUUGGGAACGAUGAAGAAGAGGAUGAAGAUGAUGCAGCAAGUGAUUCAAGCUCGGAUUUAUUCGAACUUGAUCACUUGGCAUUGUUUGGAAACAAUAGAUAUUGUGAAGAAUUGCCCGUGUAUGAAACUACUCAUUUGCAUACAAAUCGUGCCAUUGCUAGUGGUUUGAUUAGUUAA